AUGGCGAUGGUGGCAGCUUCGGACGGAGCUGAUGCGGAACGAUCCCCGUUCCUCGUCUGCUGGGAUCGGCACCGCCUCACCGCGCCUUCUACAGUCGCUGAUUCCAAGGUCUCCCUUGUUUGCCAGGCUUUUGUUUCUCGUCAGGAGUUUCUGAGGCUGCCACAGAGGUUUUGUCUUGUGCUGUUGUGGAUUAAAAGAACUUGCUGCAUUUCGAGCAACUUUCAAUGUUCGAGUUUGCCCCUGGUUGUGCAUCGUACAGACAAGAAACUUUCUCGUGGAGCUCUGGUAGAGGAGAGGGUUCAAGGGGAAGUAGCGGUGGAGAAGGUGGGGGAAUUCGAGGAUGUUAAGAAGGCUAGGCCAAGUAAUGUUGUAGAUUCUGCGAAAGGAUUGGAGAAAAGGGUUAUCAAAGGAGAGCAGGCUUUUAAUCAGCUCGCCACUGACGCUGUAAUUAAAGUUUUAGAUGUCUUCUACAAGAACAGGGAUUAUGCGCGUUUCUACGUUUUGGAGACUAUUGCCAGAAUUCCUUACUUUGCGUUUGUCUCAGUUCUAAACAUGUAUGAAAGCUUUGGUUGGUGGAGACGCGCAGACUACCUCAAGGUUCACUUUGCGGAGAGCUGGAAUGAGCUCCAUCAUCUCUUGACCAUGGAGGCAUUAGGUGGAGACGAGCGAUGGGUGGAUCGCUUUUUGGCGCAGCAUAUCGCUGUCGGUUAUUACUUCAUGACGGUAGUUAUGUAUUUACUGAGUCCUCGAAUGGCAUACCAUUUUUCGGAAUGUGUUAAGAAGCAUGCUUUUCACACAUACGACGAAUUUAUUAACUUAAAUGCGGAGGAGUUGAAGAAUUUGCCAGCUCCUGAGGUCGCAGUGAAGUACUAUACUUCUGGUGAUCUGUACUUGUUCGAUGAAUUUCAGACUGCCUGCCCUCCAAAUACGAGGCAGCCAAAGGUCGAAAACCUGUAUGAUGUAUUUUGCAACAUUCGAGAAGAUGAAGCAGAGCACUGUAAGACAAUGUUAGCUUGUCAGACGCGAGGAAAUUUACGUUCCCCUCAUAGUGCAAUGCAUGCUCCAGUUACCUUGCCGACUGGUGCGUCAUCAGCUACUGAAGAAGCGAAAUAGAAUUUGUUGGGGGUUGCCAGAGAUUUACCACCUGCAGAGUGCGCAGAUACUAUUGAGUGCGCAUUGACCUCGAGCUCAUUCGUUGAACGAGCACGAAGAAAUGGUAUUGAAGUGAAUCUUGAUCGACUUCCCGAGUAGUGGCAGUGUACAAAAAAAUUCUUGUAGGCCUCGUGCUGCGUAAGGUUGCGAGGCUUUGUCUGAUUCGCACCUUCAACCAAGUGUUGAGUGCUUUGUUUAUAAAUUGUGGUGUUCUAUGUGCUGGUCUUAGGAAUUAGCCCUUCUAAUCUGAAUUUAAUGUUCACGCAUCUGUGCUUGUUGGUCUCAUGUUCGUGAACUGCUA